CCGAUCGAGGCCAUAUUGUCCAUCCCUUACCCAGGCCGCGGCCACAUAAACCCCAUGAUCAAUCUCUGCCGCCUUCUAAGCCCUAAAAUCGAUCUCACUAUCACCAUCAUCCUCACAGAAGAAUGGAUUAAAUUAAUCAGCUCCGACUCUUCAUCUCCAAAUCUACCUGAUAACAUCAAGGUUCGCUCCAUCCCCAACGUUCUUCCAUCUGAACGCACGCGCGGCAAUAACUACACCGAGUUCUUUGAAGCUGUCAUGUCCAGAAUGACGGAUCCAGUUCAGCGAGUUCUUAAUGAGCUUAACCCGCCGGCCGAUAUCGUCGUCGCGGACGCGCUCUUACCGUGGAUCGUUGAUAUAUGUAAGCAGAGGAAUGUUCCCGCUGUAUCUUUGUGGACAGAAUCGGCUUCCCUCUUCUUUGCUUUGUAUAAAUUCGAUCGACUUGAUGCCGCCGGCGGAUUACCGGACGAUUUCUCAGUUGGUGGGUUUCUGACUCAUUGUGGGUGGAACUCAACGCUGGAAGCCAUUUUUGCCGGAGUUCCAAUGAUCACUUAUCCUUUGUUUUGGGACCAGCAACCGAAUAGUAAAAUUGUUGUCGAUGAUUGGAAGAUUGGUUUGAGGCUUAAAGAGAAUGAUGAGGAGACUGUGAAGAGGGAGAUGAUUGUGAAGAAGGUGAAGAAAUUGAUGGAUUUUGAUGAUGAAGAAAGUAAGGGGAUGAGGGAAAGGGUUGCAAGGUUUAAGGAGGUUUGUCAAGCGGCUUUGGAAGUUGGAGGAUCUUCGCAGCAGAAUCUGGAUGAGUUCUUACAGCAGGUUAGUAAAAGGUUUAAUUAGUUUUUUUUUUUUUUUGUUAAA